AUGAGUACCCCGUCUCGUCGGAAUGAGAAGGCCUUGAACGGCCGGUCUAACGGUUCGAUUAGAAGGGUUGUCUCCGGCUCCAAAACUACGAGGAAUGGUGGUUCGACUAUGGCCUCUUCGCAUUCGGCUGCUGGCUACUCUUGCAGGUCUCGUGGGAUCUACGACGUCGAGAGCUUGGAUCUGUUUCGAUCUUACGGAUGUUCUUGGUCUAUCAAAUCGUUGUCUUGCUCUUCAUCAUCUUUUUCCUUUACACUUGUCUCUGGCCUUCUCUGA